AUGCAACAACCACUUUACGAAGUUGCUUUAAAGCAUUUCAACAUUUUGAACUAUUUGGCUUUGAAGUGUUUUCUUUUAUCUGGGUUCAAGUCUAAACGAAAUGCAAAUAAGUAUGAAAAAGACAGAAUCGAACAAACGAUCAAAAACACAGGGAUUACAUUAACAAACAAAGCUGAAAAAAUCCAGCAAUUAAAUGCCGAUUUGAGAAAUAUAUCAACCGAACUAUUUGUUGAACAUGUUCAACCAAAUAUGGAAUAUUUCAGUGAGCACAACGAAUCAUUAAUUUGUGGGAAUUUAACACAACGCGUGAGUACUAACAUCUCUGAUAUUCCAAAUGUGGUAAACGAGAACUUACUUAUACCGUUGUGUAAUCAUCAAGAACAUCAACAAACAACCCCAACCACAUCUACACAAACAUUUGGUAGGUUUACAUCACAAGGCGAAACGACAGUAAUAUCGGCAUUUGCAAAAAGUAUAGCACCAACCGAGUCCAGAUUUAAUGCAGAACAACAAGAUACGUGUGUAAUUGUCGACCAAAAUGAGCCAAAACAAAACUGUGAAAGGUCUAUUACAAUUGGCCAGUCGUUGGCACAUUUUGACUUUGAAAUACAACAAAACCCAUUCGAAAAUAGUAUAGAAAAAAGUUUAGAUCAAAGUGAUGGAGAACAAGAGGCGAGUGAAUAUGAAGACAGUGAGUUCAGUGAAACAAACGAAGAAAAAGACCCCAACGUGCAUAAAAUAAUGUCGAACGCAGAAACAAUUAUGUCCACAAUUAAAUGUUCAUUAGAACACCAUUCCAAUUCAAUUGGAAUUCAUGAGUCUACCACCACUUGUAUGGUAAACGAGAAAGAGAACUGGGAAGAUGAUGAUGAUAGUGAAGACGACACUAAAAUUAGUUCCAAACUUCAGUUUAAAAACGAAAAAAGUGAUUUGGAACAAAUGUCCAUUUUAAUGGAAAUUUUGGAAAAUACAAAUAAUAAAGGAAAUGACACAAUCGAAAUAAUAUAUAAACAAAUCGAUAGUGCAGUAAUAAAACGAGCGGGUUCGAAUCAUCAAACGCAAGUAGUUGAGAGGAAAAAAUUCAUAGUUAUUCUUCUUUCAAUAUUGUUUGCCAUUGAAGAUUGCUCCACAAAUGAAAUAACACGUAUUUUAGACAUCAUCAAGAUCAUCACUUUCGGGACUAAAAUAGAAUUGGCAAUUUGCGCAAAAACGAUUGAGAGAAAAAUGAAAUUGAUACACAAAUUAAACCAAAAAAGACUCGAAAAUUAUGGUUUACUUAAAACCCCAUUUCAUUUAAUAGCCGACUCGCAGACGUGUUGUGGAGAAACACAUUAUUCUUUGUACGCCAGGAUGUGCUCUGAUUAUACAACAACAUCCGAAAUAAAAAUAAAAAUCGGCAAUUAUUAUGGCGAAGGCGACGCCAAAUCAUGGGUAGAAUGGAUACUGCGCUCAUUGAACCACGUAAAACUAAGUGUUCAACAAUUGAGAGGCAUUUCGUUGGAUGGGACUACUUGCAAAGCAAAUAUGGUAUUUAUUUAA